AGUCUCCAUCUGAGACAGCGUCCCGUCGUUUCUCAAGUUCUCCAUGUUUCUGUGUGCGUCUCAGGCUGAGCUUUAACGCAGGCAGUCCUUGGUUCUCAUUAGAGAGAGAGAGAGAUAGAGAGAGAGAGAAUCAAGACGCUGGGAUUGAUCAGAGGGUCCAGAUUCUCGUGUGCGGGAUUAAAUGCGUGAUCUCCACCCUUGUAAGCACGUUUCUCCAUCCAUCCGCUGUGUUUUAUGGAGGUUUUGCGCGCUGGCGUCUGUAUCCGCAUCUUGACGGUUUUUGUUCUUAUUCUCUCGGAUUUAAGGGUUUUUCACCUUUUUCUGGCAGAUCUGAAGGCAACUCAACCUGACUGGAAUUAAAUCAGGAUAUACUUGUGUUUCUGAAACAUGGCAGGCACCGUCUCCGUCGACUCGAGGGCCGAAGCAUCUCGUCUGAGGAUCUGUGGUGCUUUGGAUUAACAGAUCUGCGCUCGCACAUUUGUGAGGAUUACGCCUUUGCUUUGCUGCCUUUGCCAUGCUUUGUCUGAGAAUGAUCCUUCGGGUUGUCUCUGUGGUUUGGGGAGUUACGCUCGUCGUUUGUCAGCAAGCACAGUUCACCACCGUCACCACAAACUAUGGGAAGCUGCGUGGAUUGCGUGUGGCGCUGCCUAGUGAGAUCCUGGGCCCCGUGGAGCAGUAUCUGGGGGUCCCGUAUGCGAUGCCCCCUACUGGACAGCGGCGCUUCCAGGCACCCGAGCCGCCGGCGUCGUGGCCUGGCAUCAGGAACGCCACGCAGUUCGCUCCGGUGUGUCCGCAGUAUCUGGAGGACCGGCUGCUGCUCACAGACAUGCUACCGGUGUGGUUUACUGCAAACCUGGACACGGUCGCAUCGUACAUACACGAGCAGAGCGAAGACUGUCUGUACCUCAACAUCUACGUGCCCACAGAGGAAGAUGCGCAUGACGACACGGGCUUGAAGCCGGUCAUGGUUUAUAUUCACGGCGGCUCGUACGUCGAGGGAACAGGGAACAUGAUCGACGGCAGCAUCCUCGCCAGCUACGGAAACGUGAUCGUCGUCACCGUGAACUACCGGUUAGGAGUGCUAGCGAGCGUUUGUGUCCCAGAUCUGUUUCAGAAAGCGAUCAUCCAGAGCGGGACGGCUCUCUCCAGCUGGGCCGUCAACUACCAGCCGGCCAAAUACACGCGCAUGCUGGCCGAGAAGGUGGGCUGCAACGAAGACGACACGGUCGAGCUGAUCGAGUGCCUCCAAAACAAAAACUACAAGGAGCUGAUCGAGCAGAACAUCACCCCCGCCAAAUACCACAUCGCCUUCGGACCCGUGAUCGACGGAGACGUCAUUCCGGAUGACCCGCAGAUCCUCAUGGAGCAGGGAGAGUUCCUCAACUACGAAAUAAUGCUAGGAGUGAACCAGGGCGAAGGCUACAAGUUCGUAGACGGGAUCUUAGACAGCGAGGAUAGAGUAACAAGCAAUGACUUCGAGUUCUCCAUAUCAGAAUUUGUCGACCAUUUGUACGGCUAUCCGGAAGGAAAGGACACCCUGCGGGAAACCAUAAAGUUCAUGUACACAGACUGGGCCGAUAGGGAAAACCCGGAGAUGCGACGAAAAACGCUGGUCGCGCUUUUCACGGAUCACCAGUGGGUGGCGCCGGCCGUGGCGACGGCGGACCUGCAUGCGCAGUACGGAUCGCCCACCUACUUUUAUGCCUUUUAUCACCACUGCCAGAGCGACAUGAAGCCUGCCUGGGCCGAUUCGGCACACGGAGACGAACUUCCGUACGUUUUCGGCAUUCCCAUGAUCGGCCCCACGGAUCUCUUCAACUGCAACUUCUCCAAGAACGACAUUAUGUUGAGCGCCGUGGUCAUGACGUACUGGACGAACUUCGCCAAAACUGGAGACCCGAAUCAGCCGGUUCCUCAAGACACAAAGUUCAUCCACACUAAACCGAACCGCUUUGAGGAGGUGGCCUGGUCUAAAUACAACCCUAAAGACCAGCUGUACCUGCACAUCGGCCUGAAGCCUCGCGUCCGCGACCACUACAGGGCCACCAAGAUCGCCUUCUGGCUGGAGUUAGUGCCGCAUUUACACAACAUCAACGAACUCUUCCAGUAUGUUUCAUCGACAACCAAAAUCCCACCACAGGACACGACGCCGUUCUCCUACACCAAACGCCUGUCCAACAAACUCUUGCCAUCGACCACCCGCCAUCCACCCGCUACUCCGGCCAACACCAAACAGAUGUCGGAUCAGCAGAAGACAUCCGAGCACGGCGACGGGGCGGUUAUCAUCGAAGCGCGAGAUUAUUCGACCGAGCUGAGCGUGACGAUCGCCGUCGGCGCGUCUUUGCUCUUCUUAAACAUCCUGGCGUUCGCAGCACUCUACUACAAGAAGGACAAACACCGGCUAGAGUCGAGUCGUAGGCACAGUCUGCCAAGAAAUCUCGCGAACGAUGUCCCCCGUGUGCCGAGCGAAGUAUUGAUGCAGCUCGGCCACGAUCACGAUUGCGAUUCGCUGCAAGGCCACGAUAUGAUUCAGCUGACCGGUCCUUUGGAUUACGCGCUAGCGAUGCGCCGUUCGCCCGACGACAUAUCGCUGAUAACGGCGAACACCAUCACUAUGAUUCCUCGCUCUUUCCCCGACUUGCCGCCAUCAUAUCUCAACCCGUUCAAUGCAUUCGGGAACAGCACUCCGAGCAGCACGGGCCUCCCGCAUGGACACUCUACGACGCGAGUAUAACUCGCCACAAGUCGACGGAUGAUUUAGAUGCGCACCCAGGUGCUCGAACACAAAUACUGAGGGUGUUAUUUUGUUACAGACUCUUUUAUGAAUAAGUAACGUUACACGUAUUAACCUGUAUAAUGUGAUCGGUGAAUGUAAUCAUUUUCGCAUUCAUGAAACAGCGACUGGAGCUUUCAAAAAAUAUGAUUACAUAAAUGAAGAAGUAUUAUUUGCAUCCUGAUUUCGUGGUUAAUGUGUGAGACGAUAAAUCACUAAACACUUGCAUCGCAGCACAAAUACCUGGUAAACAAUUUUGCUGUAACUAGAUAUUCAUAAUUAUGUUGGGGGUAGAAAGC